UGGAGAAUGCCUGGAGGGCUCCGAAAUAUCCCCGGGAGCGGGGAGGAGGGGGACGCUCGGGGGAGGGCCCUCGGGCCUGCGGGGGCCCUGGGCCAGCCCCGGUCACGACGGAGGUGCCCGGCCUCAGUUUCCCAAUGAACUCAGCAACCUGGAGGCCUCAGGAGGAAGAGUAAUUGGGUCAACAUUCCUGUGUGGCUCAGGCCAAGCAGAUGCCACGCCACGUACCUGGGGACCCCCAGCCCGCGGGUGACAGGGGACACGCGUGCAGGCCUUAUGACCGCCCUCACCCGCUGGAGGAGGCUCACACCAUGUCCACGCUGGCCGCCUUCCUGCUGCUCUGGGGUCUCUCCCUGAGCCCAGCGGCCGAAGCGGCCACAUUUUUUGAGACCCAGCCGGACCUGUGGGCCGAGGCCGGCUCCCUGCAGGAACCCUGGGCCAACCUGACCCUGGUCUGCCGGGCGCCCCUGGUCACCACGGACUUCCAGCUGUUCAAGGACGGGGCUCUCCAGGAGCAGGUGCACCUCGAUGAGGGCGCCACGGAGCAGCGCUUCCCACUGGGGGCGGUGACGGGGGGCACGCGGGGCCUGUACCGCUGCCGCUAUGCCAUGGACAGCAGUGAUGGAUGGACCUCGCUGAGCAACCUGCUGGAGGUGACUGGGCCAGGGACCCUGCCAGCACCCGUGCUCUCCAGCAAGCCGGUGUCCUGGGUCACCCAGGGCCUGAGGACCACCCUGCUGUGCCGAGCGGGACUCCGGGGGGUGACCUUUCUGCUGAGGCGGGAAGGCGACGCCCAGUUCCUGGAGCUGGCGGAGGCCCCCCAGGCCGUGGAGGCCGCCUUCCCGGUCCACCGGGCCGGAAACUACAGCUGCAGCUACCGCACCCACGAGGCAGGCCCCCCCUCCGAGCCCAGCGCCACCGUGACCAUCGAGGAGAUGGCCAGGCCGCCGCCGCCCAGGCUGAGCGUGGAGGGGGAGUCCGGGGAGCCCGCCGCCCUCCUGUCCGUGGGCGCGCAGGUCUCGCUGGGCUGCGUGGCACCCGUGGAGGGCGUGGAGUUCCAGCUGCGCCGCGGGGACCAGGAGCUCCGGGUCAACAGCUGGAGCACCACCCCGGGCCGAGUCUUCUUUGAGCUGAAAUCCCUGAAGCCCGCGGACAGCGGCCUCUACACCUGCCGCUACCAGCUGAGCGGGGAGGGCACGGCCUGGUCCUCGGACAGCGCCCCGGUGGAGCUGCUGCUGAGCGAUGGCACGCUGCCGGCGCCCGAGCUCUCGGCGGAGUCCGCGACCCCGAACCCCGGGCCCGGCGCUCUGGUGACGCUGCGGUGCCGCGCGCCCCUGGCCGGGCAGCGCUUCGCUCUGCUGCGCGAGGACGCCCGCGGGCGGCGCCCGGUGCGGGGCCUCCAGAGCCCCGCGGGCCCCGAGGCCCGGUUCGAGCUGCGCGACGUGUCGCCGAUGGACUCGUCCAACUACAGCUGCGUCUACGUGGGCCCCGCGCCGCCCGCGGGCUCCGCGCCCAGCGCGCGCCUGGAGCUGCGCCUGGACGGACCCCUCCCCAAGCCGCGGCUCCGGCCCCUGUGGAGCGGGAAGGUGAGUCCGGGCCGGGACGCCGCCCUGCGCUGCGAGACCCCCGUGGCCCACGAAUCCUUGGAGCUGCUGGGAGCAGGCGAGGUGGUGGCCUCGACCUAUGGCCCCUCCGAGGACCUGGUGCUGACCUACGUGGGGCCCCAACACGCCGGCAAGUACAGCUGCCGCUACCGCUCCCGGUGGCCCCUGGUGUCUGAGCUGAGCGACCCUGUGGAGCUCCAGGUGGCAGAACGUUGAUCCAGCUGCAGACCCGGCUCCUGAGGGCCUCCUGGUUCCCAGGCUCUGCUCCUUCCUGCUGCAGCUCCAGGCUGCACUCCCCCUGGGCUGGGAGUGUGUGGAGGGGAAAGUCUCUCUCAUUCCUCCUAGGAAUUAAUAAAUGUGAAAAGACUGUAAAACGUGUCUUCUGCCAGGGGCUGGGUGCCCAGGGCUGAGGGAGGUGGGCCGGGAUCCUGUGUCCAGAAGGUGGGCGGGUGUUGGGUUGGGGCCUCAGGGUGGAGGGGUAUAGGAUUGCCUCCAGGGACCACCUUUUUCAAGACCGUCCUCCCCGCAGAUGCCUCCCUCCCUGGCUGCUGGGUAGGGAGCUGGAGGCUCCAGACACACCCAACCCCUCCCACCUGGACCCAACCAGCCCCACCCAGGAGGCAGUUGGGCGGCUGCACUUUGUGGAGUGGCCACCAGAUGGCGGU